CGGAGACCUGGGCGCAGAAGGACAGGAUGAUGAACAGACAGACACACAGAUGCAGGCACACAGGGACAGGAGACUCAAGCUGAGAUAGGACACAUUGCAGUUCAGCAGAAACCAGGAGGAGAGGAGAGCUGUAACUCAGGCUGGGUGUUCAAGGGAUCUUAUCUAAGCCACAGUUAACCAGAAAACGAACACAGUUUGAUUUGAGCUUUUCAUGGUGAAUCAUGGAUCCAAAAGUCUUGACCUGACAGCUGCAGACAUCGCAAAGAAACAAACUUGGAUUCUUAAGAGCCAAAGCAGACAGAGGCAGCUUCGGUCAUGGGGGACCCAGCAGAGGACAGAGAGAGGCUGACCAGCCAGCAGGCCCUGUGUGUCCCUGACCAGAAGACCUCCAAACCAGCCUGCUGCUCCACACUCAAGAUGUUUAUCGUAGCUCUAUCCUUCGCCUACUUCUCCAAGGCCUUGGCGGGGACUUACAUGAAGAGCUCUAUCACUCAGAUCGAGAGGCGCUUCGACCUCUCCAGCUCCCUCAUCGGGCUCAUCGACGGCAGCUUUGAGAUGGGCAACUUGCUGUUCCUGGCUCUAGUCAGCCAUUUUGGAGCUAAGCUGCAUCGACCCCGACUCAUCGGCAUGGGAUGCUUCCUCAUGGCCGUGGGCUCCUUCCUUACCGGCCUGCCACACUUCUUCAUGGGACGAUAUAAUUUUGACACCGUCAUCCAGGGUUCUCAGAAUGAGAACAUCAGUAUAGCCCCCUGUGCUCCUCCCAUGAGACAGACCUCCGUUGUCCCAGAGAUACUGAUGGAGCCGUCCUCUGACAGCAACACAGCCUGUGUGAAGGACUCCAGCUCUCACAUGUGGAUCUAUGUGUUCCUGGGGAAUGCCCUGAGAGGCAUUGGGGAGACCCCCGUCACCCCCCUCGGCAUCUCCUACGUUGACGACUUCGCCAAAGCCGAGAACUCCCCUUUUUACAUCGCUUGUCUGCAGACUAUCACUCUGUUGGGGCCCAUGUUUGGAUUUCUACUUGGCUCCUACUGUGCUCGGCUCUAUGUCGAUCUUGGACAUGUUGAUAUUGAGAGCGUGACCAUCACCCCUAAAGACGCCCGCUGGGUGGGGGCCUGGUGGCUGGGUUUCUUUGUCUCCUCCAUCAUCUUACUACUGGCCAGCAUCCCCUUCUGGUUCCUGCCCCGCUCGCUGCCCAAGCAGGGCGAGGAGAACAAGCUUCCCUCAGAUGCUCCGGAGGGGGUGGAGAAUGGCACCAACCACAACAAUAUGAAGAUGGCCGACAUUGCCAAAGGCUUCCUGCCCUCCCUGAAGAGGCUGCUGGGAACUCCAGCCUACUUCCUGUUGUUGUGCGGCAGCAUCCUGAAGUUCAACUCCUUCAUUGGCCUGCUCACCUUCAAGGCCAAGUACAUGGAGCAGCAGUUCGGACAGUCGGCAUCCAGAGCCAACUUCCUCAUAGGUGUGCUCAACCUGCCAGUGGUUGCCAUAGGGAUCUUCCUGGGUGGGCUGCUGAUGAAGAGGUAUAAACUGAGCGUCGUCUCUGGCGCCCAGCUAUCCUUCGUCACUUCCUUCCUGGCCUACCUCCUCCUCCUCCUCCAGUUUGGCACCAAGUGUGACAACGUGCCCAUGGCCGGCCUGACUGUGUCCUACAAUGGGACCCCAGGGCUGUCCUACAACGACAGCGAGCUGUUCUCUGAGUGUAACCAGGGCUGCUCCUGCUCGGUCAGGGAGUGGGACCCUGUGUGUGCUCAGAACGGCCUCACGUACAUGUCCCCGUGUCUGGCCGGCUGCGUCGCAUCGUCCGGCUACGGCAAGAACACGGUGUUCCACAACUGCAGCUGUGUGUCCUCCUGGCCUCCAGGGGGCAGUGCUUCUGUGUCUCUCGGCCAGUGUCCUCGCGGCAGAGACUGCAGCCGCAGCUUCACCUCCUACAUGGCCGUGUCAGUCCUCAGCUCCUUCAUCAACUCUCUGGGAGCCACCCCAGGAUACAUGGUCAUCAUCCGAUGCAUCAAGCCGGAGCUGAAAUCCCUGGCCCUGGGCAUCCAGACCUUGGUGGUCAGAACACUAGGUGGCAUCCCAGCACCUGUAUACUUCGGGGCUCUGAUCGACUCGACGUGUCUGAAGUGGGGCGUGAAGAAGUGUGGGGGCAGGGGAGCCUGCCGGAUGUACGACUCUGACAUGUACAGAGUGAUAUUCCUGGGACUGAUCACCUGUCUCAGUGGCUCCUCCUACAUCUUCAUCAUUGCCGUCAUCAUCCUCCUCCGAAGGCAGUUCCGAAAGGAAGGGGUCAAGCUGUUGGAACAGCCUGCCCCCCCAAACACAGGCAUGGAACUCCAGACUCCCACCAAACUCUCCGAGGACCGAGGACAGACCCCCACAGAGGGGAGGGGGGAGUUGGAAGGGGACGGGUUGCGCACAAACCCCCAGACUGAAGGACAAAGACCCCUCCCCUGUCACACAGGCACAGAGGCAGAGCCAUUCCCCAGUCAGACAGGGACAGCCGCCGAUCUUCCUCCGCCCGACACAGGAGAGAAGGAGGUGGUGGUGGAGGAGGGGAGCCAGCCGGAGGAGAACCAGGAGGCCCAGGUGCACUGCUCUCCAGGGGGAGGAGGAGGGCAGAGAGGGUCCCAUGAGCAGGCCAACGGCUCAGUCGAAGGAGAGGGGCAGACUUGUCCCAGAGAGACGACCACCACGACCCAGGAGGACCAGCUGUCACCCAGGGACAGAGAGAGGACAAGCCAGGCCGCUACUAGUGGUUCUGUCAGUCUGCAGAUCCUGCCAUCCUAAAUAGACAAACAGCACUGGAACACACGUACUAAAGAGUGUGUCUAGUACGUACUCAACACACGUACUAAAGAGUGUGUCUAGUACGUACUCAACACACGUACUAAAGAGUUAACACACACACACAUACACACACACACACACAUACACACUCACUGCAGCCUGCUCUGUCCAAGAAGCACACCUUUGGGACCAUGCAGGCAAAGACACCUCUGUCAAACAUUCCUUUUGUUAGUGAAGUUUGUUCUACAUUGUAAUAAAAAAAACAGAGUACAUCUUCACUAAAGCUACUGUUAUUACCAAACCCCACGUGACCAUUAUAAAUGAGUUGUUUGGAGUGGGAUGCAUCCUCUCAGAAACAUUAUUUUUCAGUUCAGUUAUGUUGACCAAACAACAGUGAGCACAACUAUCCAAUUAUCCUAUCUGUGAGUCAUGCAUUUAAUUCAGUCCCAAGUGUGUGGCACGCGUAGUAGCAA